AUGUAUAGUAGUAAGAUUCCAGGUUAUAGAUAUAAGGUGAGUGCAUUAAGCACAUUAAAGGAUGAUGAUGUGUCAGAUUCAAACAGUUUAUAUUCAUCAGAGGAAGAUAUAAACAAUGGAAAUGGUCAUUUGAAAACAGGACAAGGAGUUGGAACAAAGGUUCCAACAACAUCACAUAAGGGAUUGAAUGAUGAUGAUGGUGAUGAUGUGAGCACAUUGCUGGGUUCCAUAGACAACGAAUUGUUAGAACAUACACUAUCAGGACAAACACCAUGUUCAGCGAAAAGGAGAGAAAAUAGUUCUAAAGGAAUUGGAACAAGAAUAAAAGACUGUUGUAAAAAAUUAAAACAUUAUAAAAAUAAAAAUAAAAUAAUAUUUAUAUUUAUAAUAUCUGCUUCAGUUAUACACUCAUUAAUUCUGUCAUAUACCUUUCCGGCUGCUUAUCUUUUGGACCUCCUGGGUUUCAGUUAUAAUAGUAUCCCAGUCUCAUUUUAUAUCUGCUCCUUCAUAUUCCCUGUAAUACUAGCAUUAAUCUAUUUUGGCAUACUAUUCUGGUUUUAUCGUUCCAAAGUUUGGGUUAAAUGUAUAGUAGACGAUUCUGAAAUACGAAAAUGUCUGCGAGAAGAAUUCGAAAAAGUGCAACAAAAACAACAAACCACCUAA